AUGAAUUCAAAAUCAGUUAGCACGUGUCUAGACACUAAUGUGUGCCAUGCCUUCCAGCUAUUGAAGAGAGGAGGUCUAAAAGAAGAGAACAUUAUUGUUUUUAUGUACGAUUCCAUAGCCCAGCAUGCAUGGAAUCUGAGACCCGGUAUUUUAAUCAAUCAUCCUGAUGGCAUUGAUGUCUAUGCUGGCGUGCCAAAGGACUAUACUGGAAAGAAUAUGACAACCGGCAACUUCUAUGGCGUGCUUCUUAGCAAUAGAAGUAGUGUAUGUAGUGGCAGUGGGAAAGUCGUGGAUAGUAAACCCAACAACUAUAUAUUCAUAUACUUCUCUGGUCAUGGAUAUACUCCUAAAGAGGGUGGAACUCGUCUCGAGAUGCCGUGGAGUGACAUUGAGGCCCCUCGAUUAUUUAAGGUCCUAAAACAGAAAAACGCGUCUGGUAGUUUCAAAGAGAUCAUUUAUGUUGUUACAGCAUCAGACAUAGAUGAAGGUAGCUUGCCCUGGUACUGUCCACGGUCAUCAGAGAGUCCAUCUCCACCGGAUUAUGACGUAUGCGUGGGGAAUCUGUUCAAUAUAUCUUGGAUGGAGCACAGCGAAUCUCAUGAUCGUAAAGCGGUAACAGUGGGAAGACAAUUUGAGGAGAUUUAUGUUGUUACAGCAUCAGAUAUAGAUGAAGGUAGCUUGCCCUGGUACUGUACACGGUCAUCAGAGAGUCCACCGGAUUAUGACGUAUGCGUGGUGGAUCUGCUCAAUAUAUCUUGGAUGGAGUACAGGGAGUCACAUGAUCGUAAGGCGAUAAUAGUAGGAAGACAAUUUGAGGAGGUGAUUAAUUAA